AUGAUCCCCUACCCCUUCCAAUUCACCCCUUCUUCUCCCUCUCCCUCCCUCCCCCACACCAGAGGCCGCAUCCCCUCCAUCCAUACCUCCCACCUCCGCGCAAUGAUGCUCGAAGCCCACCACGAUCCCACCAAGAUCCUUGCCCACGCCUGCUCCUACGAUGGUCUUUCGUCCCGCCUUGUCGAAGAGGCCGGGUUCCCCAUGAUCUUCCUCGCCGGGUACGCCGUUGCCAGUUCUUUCGGCAUCCCUGAUACAGGGUAUAUCGCCAUGGAAGACGUGUGUAGGAAGAUCCAGGAGGUGGUGAGGGUGACCUCUGUGCCUGUCAUGGCGGAUGGGGAUACGGGGUAUGGGAGUCCGAUGAAUGUGAGGAGGACGGUGGAGUGCUUUGCGAGGGCUGGGGCGGCGGGUGUGAUGAUUGAGGAUCAGACGUGGCCGAAGAGAUGCGGUCAUACAAAAGGCAAAUCGGUCGUCUCGCGCGGGGAAGCGUAUGCUCGCAUCCAAGCUGCCUGUGACGCCCGCGACGAAGGACAGGAUAUCUUCAUCCUCGCUCGCACUGACGCUCUCAUCCUCGGCUGGGAGGAAGCGAUGACUCGGGCAAAGGAGUUCAAACGGAUUGGCGUUGACGCCGUCUUUGUCGAGGCACUUCCAGACCGGGAUGCUAUGAAGAAGUGCGUUGAGGAAAUUGGAAUCCCCACCUUUGCCAAUAUCAUUGAAGGCGGCAAGACGGAGAAUCUCUCAGCUGCAGAUCUGGCACAGCUGGGAUUCUCUGCUGUUGCCUAUCCGUGGACUCUGGUGGCAGCGAAAUUGAAGAGUAUCCGAGAGACCCUGGAUGGACUCAAACAGAGCAUGACGGUGGGAGCACCGCCGAUGAUUCUUGGAUAUAGUGAGGUGUGUGAGGGAGUGGGAUUCAAUAAGUAUUGGGAUCUGGAAGAGAAGUACAAGUACGAGGAUAAAUAG